AUGUCUGGUGCUAUAGCUCCAAACCCGACUCUGUACGUCAACAAUCUAAACGACAAGAUCAACAAGGAUGAGCUCAAAAAACAACUCUUUUCCUUCUUUACCACCUACGGGAGAGUUAUCGACAUCAUAGCCAUAAAAAGCGCCAGAAUGAAAGGCCAAGCAUUCGUUGUUUUUGCUGACCUUCCCGAAGCUACUACUGCUAUGCGAGCUUGUGAGGGCAUGAUCUUCUAUGAUAAACCUCUACAUAUUCACUACGCCAAAAGCAAAUCAUACGCCGUGCUUCGGAGAGAAGAUCCUGACUUCAUCCCUCCAAACCCAGUUGGCCAGUCAAGACUGCUCAACGGGACGUCUGCGUCGAAUAUCGUCGAGAAGCGAAGUAGAGAGGAAGAGGAGGAGGAAGAUUUGGCGAGCGGUGCGCGUCAACCCAAACGCGAAAAGCCGAAUGGGGAUGAAGACGGAGAUGGAGAGGAGAUGGAGCUGGAAGACGAGAACGACUCAGGGGCUCAAGAACAGCAACAACAGGCCGCUCAGGCCGUCCCGCCCGUACUGGAGCAACCGUCGGCGCGAUUACUAUGUACGAACUUGCCCAUGGAAGUUACGGAUGAUGUUCUUGGAGUGUUAUUUCAGCAGUAUCAGGGCUUCAUCUCUACACAUGUCGCUCAAUCUCCGACUCCAAAUGCUGCGGGUCAAAAGGUCAAGAUGGCUCAAGUCAUCUAUGAUUCUGCCGAGCUCGCAUCUGUUGCAAAAGAAGCAUUGGACGGCUUCACCCUCAAGAAGGGAUGGAAGAUGUCCGUUGCGUAUAUCUGAAUUUUAUCCUUGGCUCAUUCUUUUUGCUGUGUAUAUCUGCAUUUUACUCGUUGCACCUUCCUUUGAUUUUCCUGCAAAUAAUCCAAUCCAAUCCUAUUGCAACC